CCUGAUGGUUUCAGUUCCUUCUGUCUCUUCUCAGCCUUUAAAGUUAAACACUCGCUGAGUUCUGUCAUUUAUAUUUGUGGAACAACUUGCAACUUGACCUGAUUUAAGAUUUGCGUGAAGAUGUCUGACCCUGAGAUCCCGCACCAGCCUCUCCUGGAAGCUCCCAGCCAGCAGGCCCAGAGUGGCCGUUCCUCUCGGGCCUAUAAGGUGGCGGGUAUAACCCUGUUGGCCUGUGUCCUGGUCGUGGGCCAGGCGAUGACCGCCUACUUGGUCUUCAGCCAGAGGAACGACAUCAAAUCUCUGCAGGACCAGAGCGACAACCUGGAGUCAGAGCUGACGAAGGGGAGAUCUGUGUCUGUGCCCAUGAGGAUGCCAAUAAACGCCCUGCCCAAACUAAUGGACGUCACUUUGGACGAGGAGGCUUCCACCGAAGUCCCAGAUAAAGUCCCUCAGCAGGCCACUGUCUGCCAGCUGGAGGCGGCUGGUGUGAAGCCUGUGCAGGUGCCAGGUUUCUACCCGGCCUGUGACGAGCGCGGCCUCUACCGGGCCCAGCAGUGCUUUAUGGACCGCUGCUGGUGUGUGAACCCGGCCAACGGGCAGCAGCUCCCUGGAACCAUGAAGACAGGACCGGCCAGUUGCAGCACAUCUGUCCGCACUGCUGCCAUGAAGCUGACUCUGCCUAAUGUUGCUUGAUACUGUGUUGAGGCUGAUGACAUCUCCUCCAGACACGAGCAACAGUUCAACUCCAAAUCAUGAAAUGUUGCAUAUUUAUCAACUUUUCAUCCCCUUCAUAUCUGUAGUACCUGAGAAGCAUAUAGGUUUUUAUACACUGCUGAUGAUUAACAAAUGCUAGUCAUUGAUCUGCUUGCUAUUCUCCUAUUAGUUUAUUGCAACUCAUCUGCAACUUAUACUUAAGACAGAGGUGACUUUUGCUGUUGAUUGCAUUCCACCAUCUGUCAGUUUUUUUAGUUUUUAUAAAUGGCUGGUUAAAGUUAAGGAUUUAUUGUUUACUGUUUUUCAAACUUAAAUUUAGUUUAAUUCAGAUAGUCCCAUGUCAGUUUGUUAAAAAAAAAACAUUUCUCUAUGUUGGGAAGUUUGUAAAGAGCAGUGAAUAUUUUCAUAAAUUUACAUUAAAUAUUUAGAUAAACAUUGUGGUCACUUGAAUCUGUAAUGUCUGGCUAAAGGGGGAGGAAUCUGCGAAUAAAAAUAUAGACACACAUUUGAGACAAUGGUAAACUGUAUUUUUCCCCAUUUAUUUGAACAAUCUGAAUAAAACUCUUAAUAAUAAA